GCGCCAAAAUUGUUGAUGUUUUGAUAAUUUUUUUGAGCACUUGAUAAUUUGAAAGUUGUAAGUUGAAAUAAGUAUUUAUUUUAUUAUUAUUUUUUUGUCGACUGUAAUGCAGUUAUUUUACGAAGAAUGGAGAUGAAACAACAAUCGAGAACAGUUUUAUUUCCUGCUCGAGUCACAAUGCUCGAUGCAACUGCGUUAGAUCAAGAGGUUUUCAACAUAAUGAAAUCUCAGUUACAAACCAUCUUUAGAAUAGUACCGCCCUGGAUAAUUUCGAAACACGAGUUAAAAGUUGAUCUAAUAUUAAAGUUCGUCAUUUGGAAGCUGUCAGUCACCAAAUUCCGAGGUACUUUCGGUCAACAGUUACUCAACAUGAAGUUUAGAGAUAACGAUCUAUCUGAGAGCAAAAAAUACGCGAUUUUGGUGUCGCAGAUAAUUACUUACUUGCAGUCGAACAACUUCUUCGUGUUUCCUUCGCAGAAGGCUAACGAAGUUGUGGAAAAAGCCGAUAUCAUUAUUCGUCUAUGCAGCUUGGUUAAUUUAUUUUGGUUCUUUGGCGAAGGCAAAUAUCCAACGUUGAUUGAUCGUGUGCUUGGAUUACGACCAGUUUGUAUCGUGAAUAAACCAAGAUCCAUCGGUUAUAAUUACAUGACCAGGGAACUGCUAUGGCAUGGUUUCAUUGAGCUGUUGACGUUUACGUUAUCUGUAGUAAAUUAUCAAUACAUACGCCGAAAGUUUAAUCGUUUAUUUCACAAAGCAUCGAAGCAAUUUAGCGAUCAAAAGCCGAACUUACGCUACACUGUGAGAACCAAGUGUUCGAUUUGUAAUAAGAGUCCUAUUUUACCUCAUUAUUUGGGCUGUACUCAUGUGGCGUGUUAUUAUUGCAUUAAGGCGAAUAAAUUAGUCGAUACGAACUUCGAAUGCCCAUCUUGUGGAUAUUUUCAGCAAGAUACAUCGUUUGUGAAAUUAUCGUCUUAGAAGGCUCCAUUGACGUCAAUCUAAUAUAGCUCAAAGUAAGAUUUACAUUUUAUUAAAACCUAGGUAUGAAUUUUACUCUCGCCGGAAUAUAUUAGGAACGGAUUUCAUCCACGGUCCAAGAUUAGCAUCGAUUACGUACCACCAGGCACCCAAUUUCCAAUUGAGCCGAAGCCCUUGGCACACCCAAAGAUUACCUGCGAGCUAUCAAUCACCGAUGCAAAUCCCAUUAACUCCUAAAGUGCUAAAAAUUAAAUCAUUGGGUGGCGUUUAAUCACGCUUCGGGUCAAGUUGCAUUACAGUGCGUUCAUCAACUGGCAAUUAUUUCUUAUUCGGUGACGUAAUUUGUAUAGCAGCUAAAGGUGUGAUAGACAAGUUCAACUACACAAAGUAUAUUGUGUACCGUGAUGAACUUGUUACGCUAUCGAGUGUUUAAUGACCGAGUGUACUUGCCAAUGUGAUUAGAAUAUUAAUUCUCCAUUGUUAAUUUGUUUAUGGAAAUGGCUCAAUUAGGAGUUGAUACGUCUAGAAAAAGAAUACGACUGCAUACCUUCGGUCAUCGAUGUACGAGUAUUUUACUCUAAUUGCAAUUUAUCUCGUUGCGGUCAGUGUGCGUUUUCAAGGUGUUGAGGAUUAAGAAAGAUUUUGCUGGGGUUUUUCCUAUGGGAGUUUCUUAAUGAAAUGGGCUGGGUUUGCACCUUUUUUUUUCAUUGCCGUCUAGUUAACCAUGAUAUUGUUAAGAUGUACCUAAUUUUUUUUAUGGAAUUAAAUGUUGUUUGUUGUUUU